AUGGCGAUCCAGAAGAAGCACGGCAAAGGCCGUUUGGAUAAAUGGUAUCGCUUGGCAAAGGAGAAGGGCUACCGUGCCCGUGCAGCGUUCAAGUUGAUCCAAUUGAACCAAAAGUAUGGGUUCUUGGAAAAGAGCAAGGUUCUACUCGAUCUGUGUGCUGCACCAGGUUCAUGGUGUCAAGUGGCCGCAGAAUGCAUGCCCGCGCAAAGCAUCAUCGUCGGUGUCGAUCUCUCCCCGAUCAAACCCAUCCCCCGAGCCAUUACCUUCCAGAGUGAUAUCACAACUGAAAAGUGCCGCGCGACGAUCCGGUCUCACCUUAAGCAUUGGAAAGCGGACUGUGUGCUUCACGACGGUGCCCCCAAUGUCGGUUCGGCGUGGGUUCAAGACGCUUUCUCCCAGGCAGAGCUGGUCUUGCAAUCUUUGAAACUGGCCACCGAGUUUUUGAAUGAAGGCGGAUCAUUCGUCACCAAAGUUUUCCGGUCCAAGGACUACAACCCUCUCCUGUGGGUUUUCAAGCAACUCUUCACGUCCGUGGAGGCCACAAAAACCCCCUUCUUCUCGAAAUGUGCUCCCAAGCGGAUCGACCCGAAAUUCUUGGACCCGAAGCAUGUCUUUGCGGAACUGGCAGACCCGACCCCGAACAACGAGGCGAAAGUCUUCAACCCGGAAAAGAAGAGGCGGAGGAGAGAGGGUUAUGAAGAAGGGGACUACACCCAGUUCAAGGAGAUUUCGGUAACAGAGUUUAUCAACACCACCGAUCCGAUUGCUAUCCUGGGUUCAUACAACAAACUCAGCUUCCAACAGCCACCUGGUGGUGAUCUUGCCCUAUCCACGGUGGACCGCCUGGAAGAAACGACCGACGAGAUCCGGACGUGUUGUGAGGAUUUGAAAAUUCUUGGCAAGAAGGAGUUUCGCAACUUGCUCCGAUGGCGACUGAAGCUUCGGGAGAAGUUUGGUCUUGUCGUCAAAAAGAAUCAGUCACAGGAAACUGAGGCCGAGGAAGUCGCCGAGAUUGCUCCAAUGGAUGAGGAACUAGCUAUUCAGGAGCAGCUUCUUAAAAUGCGGGAGAAGGAAACCUCUCGAAGCAAAAAAGAGAGGCGCAAGGAGAACGAAAAGAGACGGAAGGAGAUUGUUCGCCUGCAAAUGCACAUGACCACUCCAAUGGAUAUCGGCAUGGAGCAAAUUGGACCUGGUGGUGAGGACGCCACCUUCUCGUUGAAGCGCAUCGACCGCGCGAAUGCUCGCGACGCUGUCACCAAUGCUCGUGAUAUCCCAGCCGAAAGUGAAAGUGAGGAUGAAUCUGGAUCCGAAUCCGAAGAGUCCGACGAGGAUGGUGAUCGCCUUGAACGGGAACUUGACACAAUGUACGAACAGUAUCAAGACCGCAUGCAGGACAAGGAUUCGAAAUUGCGUGCUAAGAAGGCUCGUAAAAAUUACGAGACCGAGGAAUGGGAGGGCUUUUCCGACGAGAAUAAAGGCAGUGAUGAUGAGGAUGAGGAGGAUGAGCAGGAAACGGCCGCUUCAGCUGACCGGCCCCUUCAGUCCGGAAGUCUGUCCAACAACGCUGCGUUGUUCUUCGACCAGGACAUCUUCCAGGGCCUAGGUGACGAGGCUGAAGAGGAGGAGGAGGAGGUGGAGGAAGAAGAGGACGCCAAGGAUGAGGACAUCGAAAUGGGUGAUGGGGAAGAAGAGGAGGAAGAGGAGGCUCCUGCCCCAAAGCAGAAGAAGCAGAAGCAAGCAUCAAAGAAACAGGAGAAAGAAUGGGUCGAUGAUUCGGAGGGAGAGGUGGAAGAACCUGAAGAUCCGCGCAAGGCGAAUGGCCAGCUCGACAUCGAUAUCAUUACCGCCGAAGCGAUGGCGCUGGCCCAGUCAAUGGCCACUGGCGAAAAAAGAUCACAGGAUAUUGUUGACGACGGCUACAAUCGUUUCGCGUUCCGCGACAUGGACGGGCUUCCGGAGUGGUUCCUGGAUGACGAGGGCCAGCACAGCAAGCCCCACCGUCCGAUCACCAAGGCUGCUGCAGCUGCCAUCCGCGAAAAGAUGCGCGCUAUCAACGCACGCCCGAUCAAGAAGGUGAUGGAGGCCAAGGGCCGCAAGAAGUUCAAGGCCGCGCAGAGACUGGAGAAGCUGCGCAAGAAGUCGGCUCUUCUGGCCGAUGACGAGGCGCUGAGUGAGCGGGACAAGUCGCAGGCGAUCACCAAGCUGAUGAGCAAGGCUACCAAGAAGAAGCCCAAGCAGCAAGUCAAGCUGGUGGUGGCCAAGGGCGCCAACCGGGGUAUCUCGGGGCGUCCUCGUGGCGUUAAGGGCAAGUACAAGAUUGUGGACUCGCGGAUGAAGAAGGAUAUUCGGGCGCAGAAGAGACUGGCGAAGAAGAAGCAGAAAUAG